AUAACGCGGGUUAUGACUGACAACAUUCAGGAAGUGAGAUGAAGUAGAUGGGUUGUUUUUGUUUUUGUCGAGGAUAUUAUCAACAUGCCAGAGCAAACAUGAACGGAACUCGAGAAUCUCGUAAUUCCAGCUCCUACGACUGGACUCAGGACAUCCAGCUGCACGGACUGUUGUAUAAAAAGCCCAUCAACCACCAGAGCAACAAGUGGACUAAAAGGUAUUUCGUAAUUAAAGAUGGUUUCUUGUUAUACUACCCCGACACUGAGAAAAAAGAGCUGGAGAAAAGGAAAUGUCUGAAUGUUCACCCUAAGGGGAUUAUCCCCCUUGGCGAGUGCACUAUAGAAGCAGUGAGGGACAAUGGACAGCCCUAUGCCUUCAGUGUGGAGAGCUCAGAAAUAACAGGUAAACUUCUGUUGGCAGCUGAUAACAGCUUUGAGCGAGACAAGUGGAUUGAUAUGUUACAGAAAUCCAAACGCAUAACAUGGAAAAGUUCUAAGCUGGCCGAUGAAAUGAUUCACCAGUUGGAGGAGCAAGGACUACAGAUGGCCAAGCAGAGACAGGAGUAUUUUGACCAACUGCAGUCAGAAGUCAUGGCAUUGUCAGAUGAAAAAGAGAAAUCGGAGGAACUUGCCAGAAUAAAUCAGGAACUGGAAAAGGAAAAAGAGAAAAUGGAAAACUAUCAGAAAGAGCUGAUGGAGGAAUUUGAACAAGUAAAACAGGAACUAGAGGACACCAACCAGUACAUGCAGGAUGUGAAGCAAGACCGGGAGGCACUGUCUUCAACAAUAUCCCAGCAACAGGAGAGCCUUAAGAGUCUGGCUGAGGAGAAACAGAGGAUUAUUAGUAGUUUAGAGGAGCGAGAGAAUCAGAACCAGCCGCUGCAGCAGACACACGGCAGUGUGGAGGAUCAGCUGAGGAACAUCGAGAGCCAGAUGAGGAUACUCCAGGAGGAGAAGGCGGAUACAGAGAGAAGAUUAAAAGAAAACGAAGAGAAAGCCCACUCACUUGAAGAGGAAAAGCAACAGUUUGAUGAACAAGCACAUGAGCUCAAUGAGACAAUUAAGGACCUGAGGGCUCAGAAGGAGAUGACAGAAGCCGAAUUAAAGGAGGAAGUGAUGGCCAGAAUGAAUGCUGAGCGUAAACUUAGGGAAGCGGAAGAAUCGUUGAGGAAGCUCGGAGUGGCUGUGGAUUCACAGACGAUGAUUAUCAAAGAAGAUGUUCAUCAAGAAAUGGUUGUUAAUGUCAAAAAAUUGAAACAGUUUUUUGAAGGACUUGCUAUGGAAGCUGAAAUAGAUGAGGAUAAACCUAUGAUUGUCAAAAAUUCCAUCCAUGCACGCAAAACAUUGCAGCGACGAGCCAAAACAAACAAAAUCAAGAAAACACGCUCAAAUAGUUUGCGAGUGAGGUCAUCCAAUUUUGACAAAGACAAAGACGGCGAUGGACUGGCCCCUAUCAGGCGCUGUGUUACAACGGUCAGGAAGAACUUUACGCAAUCUGUGAAUUUCCCGUUAGGCAGUGGAGUUAAAGUGACUGAGGAAGAGUUCCUGUAAUGUAAAAUAAUUUUUAAUAUACUCAUUAUGGCGGCCAUAAUCUUGGUUUGUUUUUAGCAUAAUGUUAAAACCAAUCAUUGUAGUCCUGACAUAGGACUACAUUAUAGUCCAGACAUUAUAGUCCUGACCCAGGAUUAUAUUACAAAGUUCUGGUAAAUAAAUCUUGUUCCUUUGUGCCAGCUGUAGAUACUGGCAUUGGCAGGAAAGAUUUUCUUCCAAAUGUAUCAGUAGUUUUGAACCAGAAAAUGUCAUACAAGUUAGUUAUUUUUCUCCCCAACAGUUGUUUUGUUACAAGGUUUGUUGUAAGUUUAUGUAUUUUCUGUCUCUUAAUUGUUAAAAAUUCUAGGGUUUGCUUGAAUAAACAAAUUACAAUGUUAUCUAUCCAACAAUUCUCCCAUACAUUGUCAGUGGUACAGAUAUAUCAGUAUGGGUAUAUAUUGCUGCGUUAUGGAGAAUCUAGUGUCUUUUGCUAUUCAACCUGUGAUAACCUGAACUGUCCUCUGUGAUCUGUUCAGAAUGUUAUAGAUUUACAUUGGUGCUAGGACUUGUUUUGUUUUUAUGCAGUGCUUAAGUUUUGCACAAUGUAAUAAUAUAUAUGAGAGCAUUUAUGAGAGAGUGCAUUUACAAUGAAAGAAUUUAAGUUUCUUGUCUCACAAACAUUUAUAGAUCUGUAAUAUAUAUUGAUGUAUGUCAGAGAUUCUUCGUUUCAUGUACAGUUUUUGAACAUCAUAUACCACAGUAUAUAUAUUCUUUUUCAAUAUCAUAUUUUCUUUUUCAGUAUCAUAUAUCACAGUACAUGUAUAUAUUUUCUUUUUCAUACAGAUAAUCAGUUUAGUAGUACAUGUACUUAUAUGUAAAUCUAUAGAUGUAUUUUUAUACUUUGUAUUAUUUUGAUAUAUUUAUGUACCAAAGAAUAGGAAAGUGCAACUGCUAGAUCAAUUGUGAUGAAAAUUAAAGUGCAAAAAUAUUGUAAUGCAGUACGUAAGAAAUAAGGCAUCAAGUAUGCAUCAUUUUCAUCCCUAUCUUUUAACCUGUGUACCCGUAAUUCAUUUAUGGUGAAAUUGGUGCUUUCCUUAUCUAUGCUAUUUGCUAUAGCUAUUUAGCUGUUAUAUAAUUAUAUAACAUGUAUUUUUAAAAGUUAGGGUAGAAUCUUCAUCAAAUUGUAUCUGUUAGAAAGGAGGAGGCAGAUGGUCAGCAAAUUAGCAAUCAGAUCUGGCUUAAAAUUUCUGAAAUGAUAUUUUUAGCCAUGAACAUCCAGCUCUCUUAUAAUCCUGUCUUUUUGCUUACCGUACUUAAGUGUUAUAAUACUGACUAUUUUGAAUAUAGAUGAUAUAUUUUUAUAAUAUUUAAAACGGUCUUUCAUUUUCUCACAUAAUUUCAAUUACCAGUUUAUUCUUGUUCAACAUUUCCAUUCAUCGGGGUCAGUUGACCUCAGAUGACCUAUUGCUAUCCUUGUUGUCUGUUGUUGUGUGUCAUUGAUCGUCAGUGUUCAUGCAAUCACCAACACUCAUCUCCUCUUGGGGAUCAGAGAGUCUGUUGUUUGGGUGGGGCUACAUUUAAUCAGAAUAAUAAAAUUAAAAUAUAUUAAUUUUAAUCUUUUUCAGAUUUCUUCUCCUAAGCAUCUACAUGUACAUGAUUAUUCUUUUGCUGGUCAAGAGUGUCUCUACCAAAAUGUUAUCCUUCACAAUUUGCUAUUCUCAUGUGACUCUUAACGCCUAUGGGCCUCUUAUUAUUGAAGAACCUGCUAUUUUGUAAAAAUAGAGUUAUUGUCUUUAAAACUGUCUCGUUUUUUUCUGAAAAGAAUCUUUUUCCUUUUUAGAAAUUAUUCAAAUAAUGAAUUGUAAGAUGUUAAAUGCACCUUUUUCGGGCAUAAGUGUUAUAUAUUUUAAAAUAGUAAUACACAUACAAGUAUGUCUAUGAAGGUUGAUUCUCCAGGUUUUUAUAUGGAGAUGAGAAUAUACUGUUACACCCUUGUGUGUCUGUCUGUCCGUAACUUUCUGUCACAUUUGUUCACAGCAGCUAUUAAUCGCAAAUGCUUGAAAUUUUUAUACACUCUUUGUUCAGGCUUGCCAUAUGGUGGGAACGAUGUCAACUUCCCGUCGACUCUGCUUAUUUUGUAUAUUCACAUCAGAGUGGUGGUAUCGCAAGUGAGAUUUUGGCUCACAUAAAUCUUGUUUCCUCUAUUUGAUUGAGCUGUUAAGGAGAUUUCAGCCAAUGUAGGUGGUAAAUAAUCUAUUAUUUAUUUGUAAUAUUUUGAUAUGUUGCAAGUAUGUUUUUCCUAAAACACAGAAAAAAGUUUCUAUUUCAUUAAUAUGUAGUAUCGAAACUUUAUGCAGACAUGCCCGGUUCUUUUCUCAUCUGACAUUUAAUAAAAUUGAAUGAAAUGCAGAUCACUAAAUGGUUUUUGCAUUCACUAGCUGUCAGUAAUGUACUUCAAAUAUUUGCGAAAUAUUUAUAUUAUGUUCUUUCAUAACUUUGUUGAAUAAAACGAUUUUUGCAAAAAGAUUUAAAUUAUGCGUAUUUUUUUCUCUUCAUUUUAUAAAUAAGCCUCUAAAUAACCCAUAUCACAGGCGCCUGAUUUUAAAACUAUUUACUUUUUACUUAAGAAAUCAAACGGGAUAUUUUCUUUUUAUAUUACCUGUGCUUCGUAUAGAUAAAAAAUGUGUAGAAAUUGGCCUGACGAUUAAGGAGAAAUCAAACAUUUUUUUUAUUCAUUUGAUAUAACUGUUAAGACCCAUAUUUAAAAAAAAGGGGGCAGGUGUUUGAUACAAGUACGAUGAAAUAUCUGAAGUUCUGUCCACAAAAUAAACAACCAAGAAAUAAAAAAUGUUCAUGCAUAUAAUUGUGUUAUCAAUAAAAUUUAAAGUUUC